GAAUAACCUUUGGUCUUAAAAUUGAUGAGAGAAUGGAGAAGACUUGUCUGAAAACUAUCUUUACAGAAAAAAGCAGCAGCCAUCUAUUAGCUUUUUCAGUGCCAGCUGAAAGCCUGAUUUGUAGAAUUGGAAGGAAUGGACUACUCCAUUAUUUCUGACACACAAGAAAAGCAUCUCUGAAAUUGCAGCAGAUGUGGAAGAAAUGAAUAAUAAAUAUCACAUAAGUGAUAGUGGCCUGGACAAGUGAAGGAGGAAUCUGACAUGCAGACUAACUGUAUUUGGCUCAUGACUCCUGUCAGAUGAUGGACCUUCAACACUGUAAGACUGGAAACAUCUGGGCUGAAUGGACUUUAGCAUCAAAAGAAGUUCUCAACUGUUAACUCGAAAAAUUAACUACAUCAAAAUGAAGCAGGUACCAGAGAUCCUUGGAAAUACCAAUGGGAAAACUCAGAAUUGUGAAGUGAAUCGUGAGUGUUCUGUCUACUUGGGCAAAGCACAACUUUCUGCCACUCUACAAGAAGGUGUCAUGCAAAAAUAUAAUGGCCAUGAGGCUCUUCCAUUUAUUCCAGCUGAUAAAUUGAAAGAUCUAACCUCUCGUGUGUUUAAUGGUGAGUCUGGGGCCCAAGAUGCCAAGCUGCGCUUUGAACCCCAGGAAAUAAAGGGAGUUGGAACACCACCCAACACUACUCCUAUCAAGAAUGGCUCUCCAGAAAUUAAGCUGAAAAUCACGAAAACCUACAUGAAUGGAAAGCCUCUUUUUGAAUCUUCCAUUUGUGGAGACAAUGGUGCAGAUGUGUCUCAGUCAGAGGAAAAUGAACAAAAGCCAGCAAAUAAGGAGAGGAGAAACAGAAAAAGAAGCAUAAAAUAUGACUCCUUACUUGAGCAGGGUCUUGUUGAAGCAGCGUUGGUAUCAAAGACUUCAAGUCCCACUGAAAAGAAGGCUCCUGCUAAGAGAGAUCCAACUCAAAGUACCGUCAAAGAAGACAAAGUCCAUCUGUUGAAGUAUAAUAUAGGAGAUCUAGUGUGGUCAAAAGUAUCUGGUUUUCCAUGGUGGCCAUGUAUGGUUUCUGCUGAUCCUGUUCUCCAUUCCUACACUAAACUAAAAGGACAGAAAAAGAGUUUUCGUCAAUAUCAUGUUCAGUUUUUUGGAGAUGCCCCAGAGCGAGCCUGGAUAUUUGAGAAGAGCCUUGUGCCCUUCAAAGAAAAAGACCAGUUUGAACAGUUAUGCCAGGAAAGUGCAAAACAAGCCCUCACUAAAGCGGAGAAAAUAAAGAUGUUAAAGCCUGUUUCAGGGAAGCUGCGGCCACAGUGGGAGAUGGGUGUUAAGCAAGCAAGUGAAGCAGUAGGCAUGACAGUGGAAGAACGGAAGGCCAAGUACACCUUCAUCUAUGUUAGGGACAGACCUCAUCUUAAUCCUCGAGUGGCAAAGGAAGUUGGCAUUGCUGUGGAACCGUUGGAGGAGAUAGAUGAGUCAUCCUACUCAAAUGAAGAAACCACUCAAAAUCUGAAAUCAAUGAAGGAGUCUGGCAUUCCUAACAAGAGGAGGAGAAGGACAUCAAAAUUGUCUGCCGCUGAUGAUACACAAGAAAGCAGUCAGUCGGGGACUAAGAAUACUACUCCUCAAAAGUCAUCUGAACAGGCAGAAUCCAAAAGAGGGAUAGGCUCCCCUCUCAAUAGAAAGAAAACUCCAGCAUCUACUCCACGAAGCAGAAAGGGCGAUGCAGUAUCUCAGUUUUUGGUCUUUUGUCAGAAGCACAGAGAUGAGGUGGUUGCUGAACAUCCAGAUGCUUCAAGUGAGGAGAUUGAAGAAUUGCUCGAAUCGCAGUGGAACAUGCUUAGUGAAAAACAGAAAGCUCGCUAUAACACAAAGUUUGCCAUAGUGACCUCUCCCAAAUCUGAAGAAGACUCUGGUUCAUCAUUGAAGAAUAUUGGAGAGGCCAAACGUAAAGUGUUUCAAGACUCACCUAAAAGGAGAUCAAGAUCCAGAAGUAACUUACAUGGAAAUAAAAGAAACCAAAAAAAGAGGACAAAGGAACCUACAGAAGAUUUUGAAGUUCAGGAAGCACCUAGGAAAAGACUCAGGAUGGAUAAACAGAAUAAUCGGAAGAGGGAGACAAGCAAUGACAAAACAGCAAAAACAAACUCUUCUAAGGUCACAGAAACCUCCUCUUCACAAAAGAACCAGUCAGCAACGAAAAAUCUGUCUGAUGCAUGUAAACCUCUGAAGAAGCGAAAUCGGGCUUCAGCAGCAGAAUCUUCAACUCUUGCUUUUAGCAAGAGUUCAUCUCCUUCAGCUUCCUUAACUGAGAAUGAGAUCUCCGAUGGCCAAGGAGAUGAGCGGUCAGAGUCUCCCUAUGAAAGUGCUGAUGAAACUCAGACUGAAGUGUCUAUAUCAUCCAAAAAAUCUGAGCGAGGAGCAGGAACAAAAAAAGAAUAUGUGUGUCAGCUGUGUGAAAAAACAGGUGAUCUCCUGCUGUGUGAAGGACUUUGCUAUCGAGCUUUUCAUGUAAGCUGCCUUGGGCUCUCUGGAAGACCAGCAGGAAAAUUCAUUUGUAGUGAAUGUACAUCAGGUGUGCAUACGUGUUUUGUGUGUAAAGAGAGAAAGGCAGAUGUGAAACGCUGUGUCGUAUCCCACUGCGGAAAAUUCUACCAUGAAGCUUGUGUGAAAAAAUUUCAUCUUACUGUGUUUGAGAACAGGGGGUUUCGAUGUCCUCUCCACAGCUGCCUAAGUUGUCAUGUUAGUAACCCCUCACAUCCACGAAUUUCAAAAGGAAAGAUGAUGCGUUGUGUUCGCUGUCCUGUUGCAUACCAUGCUGGAGACGUUUGCAUUGCUGCGGGAUGUGCAGUCAUCGCUUCCAACAGCAUUGUUUGUACGAAUCAUUUCACUGCCAUGAAAGGAAAAAGUCAUCAUGCGCAUGUCAAUGUGAGCUGGUGCUUUGUGUGUUCAAAAGGAGGAAGCUUGUUGUGCUGCGAGUCAUGUCCUGCAGCGUUUCACCCAGACUGUUUAAACAUUGAAAUGCCAGAUGGGAGCUGGUACUGCAAUGACUGCAGGGCGGGAAAGAAGCUCCAUUUCCAGGAUAUUAUUUGGGUUAAACUGGGAAAUUACAGAUGGUGGCCUGCAGAAGUUUGCCAUCCGAAAAACGUUCCCCCAAAUAUCCAGAAAAUGAAGCAUGAAAUCGGAGAAUUUCCUGUGUUUUUCUUUGGUUCUAAGGAUUACUAUUGGACGCACCAAGCACGGGUGUUCCCUUAUAUGGAGGGAGACAGAGGGAGUAGAUACCAGGGGAUCAAAGGAAUUGGAAAAGUCUUCAAAAAUGCUUUGCAAGAAGCUGAAGCUCGAUUUCGAGAAAUAAAGCUACAGCGAGAAGCCAAAGAAACCCAAGAAAGUGAACGUAAACCUCCACCAUACAAGCAUAUUAAGGUGAACAAACCUUGUGGUAAAGUGCAGAUAUAUACUGCUGACAUUUCUGAGAUUCCCAAGUGCAACUGCAAACCCACAGAUGAAAACCCUUGUGGCUUUGAUUCUGAGUGCCUAAAUCGGAUGCUGAUGUACGAAUGCCAUCCACAAGUUUGUCCAGCGGGAGAACGGUGCCAAAACCAGUGCUUUACAAAACGUCAAUACCCUGAGACAAAGAUCAUCAAAACUGAUGGGAAAGGUUGGGGUCUGGUCGCUAAGAGGGACAUUAAAAAGGGAGAGUUUGUGAAUGAGUAUGUUGGUGAGCUGAUUGAUGAAGAGGAAUGUAUGGCAAGAAUCAAAUAUGCACAUGAAAAUGACAUUACCCACUUCUAUAUGCUUACUAUUGAUAAGGACCGUAUUAUUGAUGCUGGCCCCAAAGGAAACUAUUCUCGGUUUAUGAAUCACAGCUGCCAACCAAAUUGUGAAACUCUAAAAUGGACAGUAAAUGGAGACACUCGUGUCGGCCUGUUUGCUGUGUGCGAUAUUCCUGCAGGGACAGAGCUGACUUUUAAUUACAACCUCGACUGUCUGGGCAAUGAAAAAACAGUCUGCAAAUGUGGUGCCCCAAACUGCAGUGGAUUUCUUGGGGACAGACCAAAGAAUUCUUCCACUAAUGCCUCAGAAGAAAAAGGCAAAAAGACCAAAAAGAGAACACGGAGACGCAGAACGAAAAAUGAAGGGAAGAAAGAAUCUGAAGAUGAUUGUUUCCGUUGUGGUGAUGGAGGCCAGCUGGUAUUGUGUGACAGGAAAUCUUGUACUAAAGCUUAUCAUCUCUCCUGUCUUGGUUUGGUGAAACGUCCUUUUGGAAAGUGGGAGUGUCCUUGGCACCACUGUGAUGUGUGUGGCAAACCGUCUGUUUCUUUCUGCCACUUUUGCCCAAAUUCUUUCUGCAAGGAACACCAAGAUGGGACAGUACUAAAUUCUAUGUUGAAUGGACAGUUAUGCUGCUCUGAACAUGUUCUCGGGGUGGAUUCUGUUGAAACUCAGAAGACUGAGAGACCCCGCAAAAAACUGAACAAGUUGAAGCCUAAGAGAAAGCAGAGGAACAGAUGGAUGAGAGCUGAAUGCAAAUAGUCAUGGACUGCAGUUUCUACUGCCAACACUAUCUUGUAGAUAAGUUGUGAAUAUGACCAGGGAAGGACACAAUUUUACAUAUAUUCUGUAAAGGUUACAUGGGGGGGGAUUUUUUGUUUUGUUUUGUUUUUAUAAAUCCACUGAGCCAACCACAGCAGUCUUCUGCUGCUUCUGCACUGAUAACGAACUGCAUAGUUCAGAAAAUUUCAGGACAAACCAAACUUAUUACUCAGCAUUACAGUUACACUUGAAUUGUUACGAAUGUAAAAGGUUCCCUCCAAAAUACUUUCACGUUGGAGGUAGGUUAAAAUCAAACCAGGUAGGCGUAACCAUAGGUUUUUGAGGUAGUAUUUGUCAACCAACAGAUGUUUAAAAUAGUAAGUAUAUCCUUGAAAGAAUUUAUUAGCUCUCGAGUCCUUUUAAGUAUGAAACGGCUUCAUCUGUGGUCCCAAUGAGAUUUGCUUGCCUUGUGUGUUUUUGAGCAAGUGCUUGAAUGCCAUUCAUGAUCCAGGUGCGUAUCUCACUAUAACCACACACGUAACGAUUUGUUUGUGCUCUUAUAAAAUAGCUCUCCAAUGAUUCUUAAACAAACAUGUUUUUAAAUAUCCUUCCACCAAGAAAUAUAGUGCAUGGUGGGAGAGGCACACCCUGUAUCAGAGAGGGGAAAUCUUACGUUGUAAGAGAUUUUUUUCUAUACUGUUUUUUCCUGUAUUUCAUUCCAGCAAAAUCGAAGUCACUUGAUCUUGCAGAGCUGUACAAAUCUGGAUUUAAAGGGAUAUUGUCUUGCAAUCUAGGCCCAAUACUCCAGGAUUUUUGUGUCUUAAUAAAAAUAAAUCUUACAAAACUGAUUAUUUGAAAAAAUUACUUGAUUUUUUUUUUUCCCUUAAUGUCAAGCAAAACACAGAGGCAAACAUUUCUUUUGAAUGCUUGGAGUCCAAGCGUUACAACUUUGUGAGAAUGCAAAAAAUGCCCAACAAGGAAC